CCUCCUCCCGCCAUGAGCGCCUCCUCCAGCUCGGUGGUGGAGGCGGAGCUCUACAGCGUCAGCGCCUCUCCGCUGUCUCUGGACUCCAGCGUCUUCUUCUGUGACGCGACGUCGUCCUGCGUCAAAGACUCGCUCGACUUCUUCAUCAUCAACGUCGGCGGCAGUCGCUACGUUUUGUCCCAGGAGCUGCUGGCGUCACAUCCGGAGACCCGGCUGGGGAAACUGGCCUGCAGCAGCCGCGACUCGGCGCUGGAGCUCUGUGACGACGCAGACUUCCUGGAGAACGAGUUCUUCUUCGACCGCAAUUCACAGACCUUCCAGUAUGUGAUGAACUUCUAUCGGACGGGUCACCUGCACGUCAGAGAGGAGCUGUGUGAGAUCUCCUUCUUGCAGGAGAUUGAGUACUGGGGCAUCGACGAGGUUCGUAUCAGCCCCUGCUGCCGUGAACGUUACUACCGCCACAAGGAGCAGAAGGAAACCCUCGACGUGCAGCGAGAGUCCGAAGCCGAUGACACUGAUGAAGACUUUGUUGGCGCCGCUUGCCCGGCUUUCCGCCAGCGCCUGUGGGACCUUCUGGAGAAACCUGAAUCAUCGCGCGCCGCUCGCACUUUUGGCUCGCUCUCGAUCUUCUUCGUCGUGGUGUCGGUUAUCAACAUGGUGCUCAUCUCGCUGGACUUGGAGGACGUUGAAGUGAGCGGUUUCGGUGCAGCUCUGUUGUUUGACGCCCUGGAGUACGUGUGCGUGGUUUGGUUCACGGGCGAGCUGGCGGUUCGGUUUCUCUGCGUGAGGGAUAAAUGCCGCUUCAGCAGGAGCAUCCCUAACGUGAUCGACCUGCUGGCCAUCCUGCCGUUCUACGUGACGCUGACGGUCGAGAGCCUUCACGGAGGAACCACCGAACUGGAGAACAUGGGCCGCGUGGUGCAGGUCCUCCGACUCCUCAGGUCGCUCCGCAUGCUGAAGCUGGGACGACACUCGACAGGCCUCAAGUCUCUGGGUAUGACCAUCGCUCAGUGCUACCAGGAAGUCGGCCUCCUGCUCCUCUUCCUCGGCGUCGGCAUCUCCAUCUUCGCCACCAUGGUGUUCGCUCUGGAGCACGACUUCCCCGGCACCACUUUCACCAGCGUGCCGGCCUCCUGGUGGUGGGCGACUACCUCCAUGACCACAGUGGGCUACGGUGACAUCCGGCCCGACACGGCCGUGGGGAAGAUGCUGGCCUUCCUCUGCAUCCUGUCGGGGAUCCUGAUCCUGGCGCUCCCCAUUGCCAUCAUCAACGACCGCUUCUCCGCCUGCUACUUCACCCUGAAGAUGAAGGAGGCGGCGAUCCGGCACGGCGAGAUGCUAAAGAGGCUGGCUCGAGGUUCGAUGGUGGAGGCGACAGAGGGUGGUGCUGGGGGAGGCGUGAACCUGAGGGACGCUUACGCCAGGAGCAUGUUGGAGAUGGUGAGGCUGCAGGGACGCGAGAGGGCGAGCACACGGAGCAGCGGCGGAGAGGAGCUAUGGUGGUAG